CGGCGCGCGCAGCCCCGGCCGUCAUUCGCGGGCUGAACGAGCGCGGAGGAGCUGCGCCAGGCGGGCAGGAGAGCAGACAGGAAACACUUCGCAUUCUACAUGAACUACGAAAAUCCUCCACCUUAUCCUGGCCCGGGCCCAACUGCCCCCUACCCACCAUAUACCCACCAGCCUGGUGGGCCCCCAGGUCCCGGCCCUUACCCUGGCUACCCCCCGGGACCCACUGGGCCAUAUCCUGCGGGGCCAUAUCCAGCAGGGGAGCCAGGCUACCAAGGAUACCCACAGUAUGGAUGGCAGAAUGCUCCUCCACCUCCUGGGCCAGUCUAUGCAGAUGGACCUAAAAACACAGUGUAUGUUGUGGAAGAGCGACGGAGGGAUGACAGCGGGGAAAGUGCCUGCCUGACAGCUUGUUGGACUGCGCUGUGCUGCUGCUGCCUUUGGGACAUGCUGACCUGAGCGCCCUGAGAAGCCAAGCCUCUGGAUACCUCUCACCGGGAGUGCUAUGCAUUCUUCCUCUGAUCUUUCCUCCCAAUUCGACAGCUUGUUAAUACUGUAAUAAAUGAUCUGCUUUGCACAGGCGACAGCAACACACGUCCACCAUAGAGGUAGCACUGUGACGGUUGGUGGGUUAUGCACUUUUCAGUUUAGCGGGUAAAGUCCUUUCACCUCUAUACAGUGUGUGUAUUUCUGUUGUUCUUUGAAGAAUGUGCUAAACAUCUUUUUUUUUGUUUUUUGCAAAUGGCUUUUCUUACAAAUUAUGUAUUUAUAGUUAGAGAUGGGAAAAUAUGCAAUAAUUUAAGCCAAUCGUUUUUCUUAACUAGCCUCCACUUCUGUUUUAAAUUAACUUAGUCCAAUAAAGUUGUGGACCAAGUAACAA